GGCCAAGGCAACCAAGACAACAUCUUAACAGUCUGAUCGCUACGUUUUCUUAUAAAUAUUCUUGUUCAAAUUAUUGCUAAAACUCUAAAUAAAAGUUUCUAGUUGGAAUAAUUUUUUUUUUUUUUUAAUUAUUGACAAGAUUCUUUUAUGAACAAGCAGAAAUAUUUCAAAUAAAUAAUUUCUAUAGAUAUGGCAAAACCACCAAAAAUAAUUGAUCUUGCCAAAAUUCUUGAACCACAUUUAAAUGGUGGAAAACUUAUUGACUAUUCUAGUCGAUAUUUGACAAAACCUGGAGAUAAUUAUGGCAGUGUUAUGCUUGCCAUUUCUGCCGACAUACAAAAUUCUGAUGGACAAAGUGAACAACUUCAAUUAGUUGCAAAACUACCACCACUUACCAAUGAACUAUUUUGGACGCUAUUCAAUCCUCUUGUAACGGCUUUAAGAGAGAAUGCAAUUUAUGUAGAACUAUCACCAAGUUUACGUCAACUUCAGCUUGACAGUGGAAUUCCAGAAACGGAGAUUAGCGAUGUUUUUGCCGAGUUUUAUGGUUGUCGGAUAUCAUUGGAUGAAAAAGCCACAGUUCUUGAUCGUAAUGCAGUUUUAGUACUCGAAAAUGUGCAAAUAAAUGGUUACAAACCUGGUAAUCGACAUAAUAUGUUUGAUUAUGAACACAUAAAGUUUGUACUCAAGCAUCUUGCAAAAUACCAUGCCUUACCAAUAGCACUUCGACAAAAACAACCGGAAAAGUUUCAGCGUGAUAUCUUGCCCAAUUUUCGACGCUACGAUAUAAGCAAGGAAAUGAAUGAAGAAGUUGAAGAACAAUUUAAAGGACAAGUUUUUGAAGAAGUCAGAUUGGCGCUAAUUGAUGAUCCUGAAGCUUUUGAUCUGUACUUGCAACUGGCAACAAUUUUCUAUGAUUUUAUGGGCAAUCCUGAAGAAUGUCAAAAUAGUUUAUUUUCAACUAUUGCACAUUAUGAUUUGUGGACAAAUAACAUAAUGAUCAAAUACGAUGAAUCUGGAGCUCCUGAAAAGAUUAAAUUUGUUGAUUUCCAAAUAUCACAGUACGAGUCAUUAAUGCAUGAUCUCAUAUUUCUAUUGUUAACAAGUGUUGAAACAUCUGUAGUUGACGAACAUUUUUACGAUCUCAUGGUUUACUACUAUUCUGAAUUUAUGGAAUGCUUAGAAAAGACCUUAUGCUCAACGGAAGAAUACAGUUUUGAUAAAUUCAUGGCAGAAAUGCAUCGUAUAGCUCCAAUUCAAAUUCAUCAUGCAAUGUAUAUGGCAAGAGUUCUUUUAGCUGACGACAACAACUUUCCUGAUGAUUUCAAGGAUAUUGAUUUAAAAAUGCUGGAAAAACGUCCAUCGGACAAAUUAUUGCAAAAAAUACGUGAUAUAGUGAGAUUGUCAAAGAAAUUUGGUUUCUUUUGUGAUAAUUAUUUAAUUUAAGAUAAUUUAUAUUCAAUAAAUUUAUAUAAACACAAAAAUCAGAA